CGCUUUUUUGACUGCUUACGUAACGCAACAUACUUGUAACGCAUUUCAACCUUACUCAUUCACUUUUUACUUUUGAUUUCUAGACUUCAUCAUCACUUCAUUGUCCAUUAUCUCUUAUUAUUAAAUAUAAGUACAACACCUAUAUUUGUUGAGUCCUCGACUGACGUUUUUCUCUCCCACUUUCCCCCUCAGAUUUUCGUGGUCCCCACUAAACACACUUAUUUACGCGCCCUCCCCGGCAGCAACGUACCUUUAGCUUAUAUUUACAGAUUUGUAACGCAUCUUGAAUCAAGAAGUUACAUCAUGUAAGAUGCAUUGUAACUGAUGUGUAGGAGUUAAGAAAACUACAAAGAAAAGGGUGGCUAGGAUCAUAGUUAAUUCGUAGCAGUAUUGCUUGGACAACUAAUUUGGUCUUGAGAUAUGUAUGUAUAAUUGUAGUCGACCAGUGACAAGAUCCCCAUUGUCUGACACUUCACUAGGGCUUCAAACAUGCUUCCAAGACUUCAAGGAAAAUGUUUGGAUUAAUAUGUGUAAAACGUCAGCACUGUGGUAGAAAGUAAUUCCACAUUAGAUUUUCUUAUUUGGUAAGUAAAUAAUGCUGUAUCACUGUUAUAAAUAAAAUAAACCCAAAAUAUUUGAAUUUUUCAGGUAAUAUUGGAGAUUGAGUAAUUAUAAGUAGAAGUUGAGAAGGAGGUUUCAAACCUGAAGUGGUGUAAGCAUCAGGAAAUGACAGUUUACCACGCGAAGUUUCGGAGAUGAAAGCGGGAAAUUACUGAAUUGAGAAACGGAGAAACUAGGUAGUGUAUGGGAAUCAGGUAGUUCCAUCAGACUGAUCUGCCUUGUUGUUCAUUUCAGUCUAUAAAGAAGUUUUAUAGUGACAACAGGGAAAUCAAUUCGACUAACAUCAUAUCGAAGAUCCUUGGGUCCAUAGUUACUCAAAGCCUAACUGGAGCUUCGGAACAAAAUGCUUGAGAAAAUCGUGUUGGUUUCAGACGUGAACGAGGGUGCAUCGAUCACAUCGUCAGGCGGCAUUCAACUCUAUCAACCCGGGUGUUGUGACAGUGUCUGACUGUCGGGGGAGUACCGAACAAGUAUUCGUCGUUAAUCAAAGCUGUCUACUCGAACUCACACAGCUGUGCAUGGGCUUAUGGAGAGUUGUUAUAUGAAUUGAAGGGACGAAUACUAAUGAUAUCUACGAGAGAUGCCUGCUGUUGCAUACCCUGUUCAACUUCAUUAAAGGUGUACUAAUAGAUAAAACCCCAGUUUGUAGAUCAUCCAAAGGAUUUUAUGGCACGUGUUCAAAACACUUCAAAGAUUUUGCGUCAGAUUGAGUUCUACCUUAGUGAAGGAAACCUAAAUCGAGAUUGUUUCUUCAGACAAGAAAUGGAAAAACGAGAGGAUGGUGGCAUUCCAAUCUCCUUACUUCUGAAAUGUAAUCGUAUGAUUACGAUGAAUGUUACUGAGGCUGUCCUCAAGGAAGUUAUCGAAGCAUCAGAAGUCCUAAAGUUGUCUGAUGACGGUACAGCUGUUGUCCGAGUUCUACCAUUAGCAGAGUUGGGACCUCGUGAGAAACGAACUAUCUUGGUUACUGAACUCCCGCGGACUCCUAUUGGAAUAAGCACGAUCUUCGAUCAUGACGACAGUUCUUAUCAACAAAAUCCAACGUCAGAUGAUGGUGAACAAAGAGAUGUGAGCUCACUAAGUUGGGAAUUCAGUGAGUGGAUUCGGAAUAUAUUUGAAGACUACGGGGAAGUUCUGUAUAUCAGCUUACCUCGCUACCACAGAUCCAAUUCGUUUCGUGGGUUUGCAUUUGUUGAAUUCAGAACAUCAAAGUCUGCUAGAAAAGCUGUCAAGCAUAUGACUUCUAUUAUUGAAAAUGAACAAUGGUUCGUGAAGCCUAUAGAGACAUCAGAAAUAUGUGAAUGUCCUGAAUCUGCUUGGAAACCACGACUGGCAGCUAAAGCUUCUUUUUCAGCUGAACAAAUGCUAGCCAGACGAUAUGUUUGGCGGUGUUGUUCCCGGAAGAAUAAACAGCUUGUGGCAGCUUUCAAACAUUUACGCCAGGCUGGAUACACUGCUUCCAAUCCAUGCGAUAAAGAAUAUUAUGCAAUCAUACUUGGUGAUAGCUCUUCAGAAUCUAUAACAAAUUAUAUCAAAGACAAUGGUCAUUGUGAACCAUGUCGAUCUAAACUACGUGUAUUCCGUUAUUGUGAUUGGAUAUUCUGGAAAGAGAAGUUUUAUUUAUGGCAACAAGCGUGGAUUACAAGAAUGCGUCGUAAAACUGAACUAGUAUUAAAUAGUAAUAAUAACAAGAAUACUCAUAAUAAUGAGGCGAAUAUGGAAGAAAAAGAAUCUUAUGAAAUAGAUUCUGAAAUGCCUGAAAAUUCAUCAACAUUAAAUUGUUCAGAUAAUUUAUCUGUCAAACCCAAGUCACUUCCAAACAAUUUUGUCCCCAACUCUAUUGUACAGAUUUACUGGCCCUCAACUUUAAUCUCUACUAAUAAUACAUCAGAUAAGACUAUAGGUGAUGAUCUUUGCGACCCAAUUUUAUUACCGAAGAAAUUAUCGUUCGCUCGAUGUUUACGCAUCAGCUUGGAAAAGAAUCUUCUUGUUCCAUGUAAUCUCUUGAAUUUUGUUGCACAUGUCGAUCCCAACCCUGAUCAAAGCCUACUGGAUAAUGUUAACAAGUGUGGGUCUUGCAUACUCUCGAACUCUAAUGUAAAUACAUCAGAUUCGUUAAACGAUACUUUCCCUCUUUUCAUUCGAAUGAAAAGUGCUGAAGCUGCUGUGAAGUUGGUUCAAUCUUCAACAAUCCAGGGAGUAACAUCCCGUAUUCUAGAAGGUCAUAGUGAACAAGCAUACUGUGAAAACAUUGUCAAGUCUCGACUUACUGCCUCCGAGCGUCAUCGUAUUUCACAGGCAAAAAGGCGUACACAGCAAAAAUUAACAACUAAAUGUCCAGCAGUGUCUGUCAACCCCUUACCUCGCACAAAAAGUGACCAUAAGCAUAUUGUAUUUGAUGAAUAAAAUUUUAAGAUAAUUCUGUAAAUAUUUUCAGGUUCAUUUGCACAUAAAAUAUGUCGGUCUUAUUCAUAUUAACGAAAAUGAUUCUGAUUGUCUGUACCUCUUGGCAUUUUGUUAUCAAAAGUCAUUGUUGUAUUGGCAUGUGAUUACAUACUACGAAGCUUAAUAUUUUCUCUUGGACACUAGUAGGGAUUUGCUAAGUUAUAUAUAUCACCGAAUGUUAACUUAGAUUAAGAAUUAAAAGCUGGUUACUUUGUAAUUGACUCAAAUGGUAGUCUGUAUUUAAUAUCUGAAGCUUCUUGGCAUACCCAUCUAUUAAAAUGAUAAGAGGUUUGAGCAGCCAGGUAGUACCACUAGUCCUCACGUAAUAAGUGGGGAUCAUUGCCUAACGUACGGAUGUGUACAAGAUGGCUGAGUGUGUUUCGUUUCAUAGUGUUUGAAUAGAUAUAAAAUAACUUUUGACUAUUUACAUUUCGUUCUCUGUAUUUUAUAUUUUAGCAUACUAAUAUCAGUUUAUCAGCCUAGGCUAUGUAAAAUAAUCUGGUCAGUGAUCAGUCAGUUACUCCUUCUUUCUAGUUUAUUUAGAUGUGAAUUGCGGUCAGGCAACUUGUCUGUAGUUUUGAUGAUAAGUGGAUAGUUUUGUAUCACCUGUUCGCGUAUGACAACCAGGCAACACUCUAUAACAGAUGUGAAGUCGAGACCUGUUCAGCCGCUAAAGCAUCUUGUUGCCAAAUAUGACGAUUGCUACAUGGAAUUCUACUUGAAUUUCAAUUUCCUUUCGAUUUCAGUCAUCAUGCCCCGUCCGUAUAUUAAGAUCAGUGAUAUAGUCUAAUCAAAAAUUUAAGUUAUAAUUUUAUUAGUUAACGAAGAA